AUGGCUUUAAAAUUUAUUCAAAUCGUCGCCAUUUUAACCAUUUACAAGACAUUUCUUGUAUAUGCAGAUGUUGAGCCAUUAAAAUCAUCCGAUGACUUGGAUCCAAUAAAUGAUACCGAAAACACAGAAAAUACAGACAAAGAACAUGAGAAAAGAACCAUUUUCAAUCCAACACUCAAAAAUGUAGCAUGGGCUAGACAUGUAGCUGUUAAACCUUCAGGAGCAAAAUUUGUCCUUGGAUAUGGACCAGUUGAUUUAAAAUACAAGCCUGUUUUAAGACCAAUUGCUAUCAAACAUCAAGGUUACCAUUAUAAUAGACCAAAAAUUCAUUUUCAUUUAAAGCGUCCUAUUAUUCAUGUUCCACACUUCAAACCUGCGCUUCAGACUGAAUGGAAACCGAUUAUUAAACCGGUUGCGGUAGUCAAGCCUGCUCCCUUACCUGCUCCUGUACACGUCCAUCCGGGAGCCCAUGUAGAUCAGUUACAUUUGAAUCCAGUUCCACAUAUCGAUCAUAUUCACAAAGAACCCACUGUUCAUUUUGAUCAUCAUCAUCAUCCAGUACAGGUAGCUCACGUUGAACAUGUCCAUCAUAUUUCUCCAGCACAUUUACAUCAUCUACAAGUACCACACGUUCAUGCAAUUCCGCAGGCUCCACUUGUUCCUUCAUCGCAGCUGUUUGAGGUUACUAAACCUGAUUUGGGUGUCUUACCGUUAGGCGCUACAUUUCCAACUACUGCAAUAAAAGAAAUUCCAGCACCUCAGUUAAUUCCUCAACCUCUGCCAAGUCCUAUUCAUGUACACCCCAUAGCACCUAUUCCUCACGUACAUCAAGCAUAUCCUGUAACGCAUUUACAUCCUGUUCAUCAAGUUGCUCCUGUUCAUCCUGUUGCGCCCGUACAACCAGUUGCACCUGCUAUUCAGUUCCAACAAUUUGGUUCCAUACAUCCCGCUCACGUUGGCACGAUACCUCAUUUCCAAUCACCAGGUCAUGUUUUUCCACUAAGCCCGUUACCGUUAGAACAUGUACAUCAUGGCGACCAUAUACAUCCUGUAGGACAUCUUCACCCAGUAGAUCAUAUUCACCAUGGUAAUCAUAUUCAUCCCACAGGUCAUCUUGAUGCCCCCCAUGUUCAUUCUGUAGGCCAUCUUCACCCAGUAGAUCAUAUUCACCAUGGCAAUCAUAUUCACCCCACAGGUCAUUUUGAAGCACCUCAUGUUCAUUCUGUAGAACACUUCCACCCCGCUGGCCAUUUUCACUCUGUAGCUCAACCACUGCCUGCGCCUUUGCCUCAACCUCAUGUCGAUUAUCAAGAGCACCCUGUUCAAUCUUUGUUACCAAAUCACUAUCAUCUUCAGUAUCCUCAAAUUCCUCAUGGAACUCAACACGAAGAGCCUGGAGGAGAACAGCAUUUAUACCCACAUCAACAACAUGUUUCUUUGGAUGCCCAACACCAACUUCAGUAUCCUCAAAUUCCUCACGGAACCCAACACGAAGGGCCUGGAGGAGGGCAACAGUUGUAUCCACAUCAGCAACAUGUUCCUCUGGAUUCCCAACCCCAUCUUCAGUAUCCUCAAAUUCCUCAACACGAAGGGCCUGGAGGAGGGCAACAUUUAUAUCCACAACAACAACAUGUUCCUCUGGAUUCCCAACCCCAUUUUCAAGACGCUGGACAAAAUGUAUACCAGCAACAACCUCCUUACCAACAAGACGGUAAUAUACAAGACCAUUACCCCAACCAAGAAGAUAAUAGAUAUCAACUAGCUAGUCAAGUUAGUAGUCAACACUUCGUUAGAGAAGGACAAUUUCAAAUAGGAGAUCAAGGUGAUAGUCAAGGUUAUGUUUAUCAGCAACCUUCUGAAGGACGACUGAUUCAACCUGGAUUAACAGAUUUACAGUUUCCUAUACAGCUGCCUCACCAUCCUGCUUUUGAUCAAGAUAACAGACCUGAGGCAUCCCAACAAAACGAAAAUGUUUUUAGGCCUUCUAUUCAAUUGGAACCUCCUUAUAAAAAAUAAGACAAUUUUUUGUUAAAAUUAUUGUUGUAAAUAAUUGUACAUAGUUUUUAAUAAUCAUUAAAUGUAUUUAUUGAUUUGUUGAGGAAAUAAAA